CAAGCCUGGGAGUGGGAGGGAGGAAUUGGGAAGCAAAACAUGGCGAAAUAACAAGUUUGGCCGUUACCCGCAGUUUAAAUCUGCACGGUUUAUGAAGUGCUGGACUACAACUGCAAGUUUGAAAAGCCUGGACGUGGGAGGACGAUAAUAACGCUAAACUUUGAAUAGUCGAGGGCCCCAGCUUACAAGUAUUACGGUGUUUGUCGAGGACAUUAGUGCUUGCCUUUCUGCCUGUGUUUUCCCCGGAAGGUUGGCAGUACUAGGCGCGACUGUCAACACAGAAAAUGGAUGAAGACGGAAAGUUUAUUCUGGAAAUGACUCUUAGCCAGCUAGCUAAGCUACGUUAGCUUGCCCGUUAACGUUAGAUUGAUCGUGCGCACCUGACUCGGUAUUAACCGUUGCCUUCUGACGAAACUGAGGAAUAUUUAAGUCGACUGAACAAGUUUGAAAACUGCGGUCGUAUUGAAUCGUAUUUCAAUCACGGCGAUUGUUUCCAUUUCCGCACCAAUCCUGCAGUUUUAUUGUGGUAGGACGUGUAUUUAAGGCAGAUAAUGACAGGCUGACAGUCGGUUCUGGUGCGGUGCGGACGGACCCGGACGCCAUCACAUCAGACGUUGCGUUCUCCUUAAAAGCAACCACUGCGUUGCAAAGCCUUAAAUGUUAUUUUGUACUUUGUCAGUCUAACAAGGAAUAUUUCACACCCAUUUGGUGUUUUUUUUCCCGACAACAGGCAUCCUUUUCUCAUCCAAAACACAAGCUGGGAUGUUGUACAGCAUCAAAGACGCGGCGCCUUGUCAAAAUGAACGCAGCAAGGUGUUCAUCAACAGCGGAGGUGCAUCGCAUUGAAAAUCUGCCAGUUGUUAAAACGGUACCUAUGGCCGGCUAACGCCGACGUUAACAAUUUAUUUGAAUCUAUUAUUUUAACUUAAACGUGUUUUGAUAAGCUGUUGCAACUGGCAUUUCUGUAAAACAACUGCGGAUAACAGUUGCUCUCGGCCGGAGUUAAUGUGAGCUAGUCAGCUGGGUGCGCCUGUGCUGCUCUAUCUGCGAUGUGUUUGCUAAUGUAAGUCUUAACGUGUUGUUCUGCAACAAUUUGAGCUUUAAGGACAGCCAGUUUGGUUUGUUAACUGCAUUAGACAAACCAAUUCAAGCUCGUUUUAGCAGCUUCUGUAGAUUUCAUCUAGUACUUCGUAAUAAAUAAGUGGCUAACUUGUUAGCUAACGUCCUAAGUUUCGCCAGCUAUGUCUGAAAACGCCCCCACACGAAGCCUGGAUGACAUAGACCUCGCAGCUCUGAGGGAUCCAGCAGGAAUCUUUGAGCUGGUUGAGGUUGUCGGCAAUGGGACCUAUGGGCAGGUGUACAAGGGCCGUCACGUGAAGACGGGCCAGCUGGCGGCCAUCAAAGUGAUGGAUGUUACAGAGGAGGAAGAGGAGGAGAUCAAAGCAGAAAUCAACAUGCUGAAAAAAUACAGCCACCACCGAAACAUAGCCACAUACUACGGUGCCUUUGUCAAGAAGAGUCCACCGGGACAUGAUGACCAACUCUGGCUGGUGAUGGAGUUUUGUGGAGCGGGAUCAGUGACCGACCUGGUAAAAAACACAAAGGGCAGCUCUCUGAAGGAGGACUGGAUUGCUUACAUCUGCAGAGAGAUCCUCAGGGGCCUUUCUCACCUCCACGCCCAUAAAGUCAUCCACAGAGACAUCAAGGGCCAGAAUGUGCUGCUAACAGAGAAUGCAGAGGUCAAACUGGUUGAUUUUGGUGUGAGCGCUCAGUUGGACCGGACAGUGGGGCGUAGGAACACCUUCAUCGGUACACCUUACUGGAUGGCCCCUGAGGUCAUCGCCUGUGAUGAGAACCCCGAUUCCACCUACGACUACAGGAGUGAUAUCUGGUCCCUGGGGAUCACAGCCAUAGAGAUGGCAGAGGGAGCUCCACCCCUGUGUGACAUGCACCCGAUGAGAGCCCUCUUCCUCAUUCCUAGGAAUCCCCCUCCCAAACUUAAAUCCAAAAAAUGGUCCAAGAAGUUUAUUGACUUCAUAGAGGGAUGUCUUGUGAAGACUUAUCCCAGCCGACCAUCCACAGAGCAGCUGCUCAAGCACACCUUCAUCAGGGACCAGCCCACCGAGCGGCAAGUCCGAAUCCAGCUCAAAGACCACAUUGACCGAACUCGCAAGAAACGGGGAGAGAAAGAAGAGACAGAGUAUGAGUACAGUGGCAGUGAUGAAGAGGAUGAAAAUCGUGGAGAUGACAGAGAGUCAAGUUCAAUCCUUAAUGUGCCCGGCGAGUCCACCUUGAGACGGGACUUCCAGCGUCUGCAGCAGGAGAACAAAGAGCGAACUGAGGCUCACAAGAGGCAGCAGGCCCAACUGGCUGCUCAGCGUAGAGACCCCGAGGAGCACAAGAGGCAGCUGUUGCAUGACCGACAGAAACGCAUUGAAGAGCAGAAGGAGCAGCGUCGUCGACUUGAAGAGCAACAGAGAAAGGAGCGAGAGAUGGUGAGGCAGCAAGAAAAAGGUCCCCACCGGAGACUCGACGAUAUGAGACGGGAGGAAGAUAGGAGGCUGGCUGAGAGGGAGCAGGAGUUUAUCAGACAUAAGUUAGAAGAAGAGCAGCGGCAGUUAGAAAUCCUUCAGCAGCAGCUGCUUCAGGAGCAAGCACUGCUUAUGGAGUAUAAGCGCAAACAGCUGGAGGAGCAGCGUCAGUCAGAGCGGCUGCAGAGGCAACUGCAGCAGGAGCAUGCAUACCUGGUGUCUCUGCAGCAACAGCAGCAGGAAAAGAAGCCCCAGCUCUACCACUAUAACAAAAACCUGGAGCCCAACAACAAACCAACAUGGGCCCGAGAGGUGGAGGAGCGGAGUAAGCUCAACAGACAGGGCUCACCCAAAAUCUGCACCACGGUCUCUGACACAGCUAUCCAGUCACGUUCUGACUCAAUCAGCCAAUCAGGAGUGGGGCAGUCUGCUCAGACCCCACCCAUGCAGAGGCCUGUUGAACCACAGGGGGGUCAGGGAAAGUUCCAAAUGGCUCACUUGGUCCCACUGAAGCCUUACGCUGCCCCUGUCCCUCGCUCCCAGUCUCUCUGUGACCAGCCUACUAAGACAAUGUCCGCAUUCCCUACCCAGGACCCCUCACUUGCUCCCACACCCCGCCCCAUCCACUCUAGAGAACUGGUGCGUCAGAACUCAGACCCUACUUCUGAAACCCCGGCACCACAAUCGCACCAAAUCAGAGAGGAUCGAGGGCCAUGGAUCCGCCUGCCAGAUGUGGAACUCCCACCAAAGAUUCCUCAGAGGACGGCGUCCAUUGCCACAGCUCUUAACACUAACCUGUCCUCUGGUAUACGGCAUCCAGUAAGAGCCAGCAAUCCAGAUCUCAGCCGCAACGAUCGCUGGGAGAGAGGAGACAGUGUGAGCAUCAUAUCCAAUCUGCCCCAGACUGGCUCUCUAGAGAGGCAUCGCAUCCUCAGCACCUCCAAAAUGGAGUCCCCUAUCCUCUCCCAUGACAGUCGUCAUAAGCCAGGGGAAUCUCGCACCUCCUCUCGCCCAGGGCGCCCUGCUAGUUACAAGAGAGCUAUAGGGGAGGAUCAUGGCCUCUUUGCCAAGGAGCGCACUGAGGAGCAGCCAAGGCCCCCAGUUAAAGCAAAUGAUUACUCCUCCUCCUCUGAGAGCAGUGAAAGUAGUGAAGAGAGCGAGAGUGGAGAGGGUGUUGAGGAGGAAGAAAGCCCCACUGACCGUCACAGGGACGCAGACACAGACUCAGUCAACACCAUGGUGGUUCAUGAAGAUGAAGGCGAGGUUGGUGAGGGAGAGCAGGCUGGAGGCUAUGGGGAUCAGACCAUGCUGGUGCAGAGGACUCCUGAGAAGCGGAGCCAUAAUGGGUACACUAACUUGCCAGAUGUGGUUCAGCCGUCCCACUCCCCCACUGAUUCAGCCUCUCACUCCUCCCCCGGGAAGGACUCUGUUUAUGAUUAUCAAUCCCGAGGUUUGGUGAAAGCAUCUGGCAAGUCCUCCUUCACCACCUUUGUGGAUCUGGGUAUGUACCAGUCCCCAGGAAGCACAGGGGAUAACAUAUCUGUCACUGGCUCCAGAUUUGAGCAGCUGAAGAUGGAAGUGAGGAAAGGAUCCAUGGUGAACGUAAAUCCCACCAAUGCACGCCCCCCCACUGACACACCGGAGAUCCGCAAGUACAAGAAGAGGUUCAACUCCGAGAUCCUUUGUGCUGCACUGUGGGGUGUGAACCUGCUGGUGGGCACAGAGAACGGUCUGAAGCUGCUGGACCGCAGUGGUCAGGGCAAAGUUUACCCCCUCAUCAACUCUCGCAGGUUCCAACAGAUGGACGUCCUGGAGGGCCUCAACCUGCUCAUCACGAUAUCAGGCAAGAAAAACAAAGUGCGUGUCUACUACCUGGCUUGGCUGAGGAACAAAAUCCUCCACAAUGACCCUGAGGUGGAGAAGAAGCAGGGUUGGACCACAGUGGGAGAGAUGGAGGGCUGUGUGCACUACAAAGUGGUGAAAUAUGAGAGGAUAAAGUUCCUGGUGAUUGCUCUGAAGAAUGCAGUGGAGGUGUAUGCCUGGGCGCCCAAACCUUAUCACAAAUUCAUGGCCUUCAAGUCGUUCGCAGACCUGCCACACCGGCCUGUCCUGGUGGACCUGACAGUUGAAGAGGGUCAGAGGUUGAAAGUCAUCUACGGCUCUUGUGCUGGCUUUCACGCCAUCGACGUGGACUCUGGAAACAACUAUGACAUUUACAUCCCUGUUCAUGUAUGCUGCACAGCUUUCAAACAGCAGUCUUUUAGGAAGAUGCUGAUUCUACAACAGUUCAUCUCUUGCAUUUCCCUUUUUUUACAGAUCCAGAGUCACAUCACGCCACAUGCAAUAGUCUUCCUGCCCAGCUCAGACGGCAUGGAGAUGCUGCUCUGCUACGAGGACGAAGGCGUCUAUGUCAACACCUACGGACGGAUCAUCAAGGACGUGGUCCUGCAGUGGGGCGAGAUGCCCACAUCUGUUGCUCAUAUCUGCUCAAAUCAGAUCAUGGGAUGGGGAGAAAAGGCCAUUGAGAUCCGUUCUGUGGAAACCGGCCACCUGGAUGGUGUUUUCAUGCACAAAAGAGCUCAAAGGCUGAAGUUCCUGUGUGAGAGAAACGACAAGGUGUUCUUCGCAUCAGUGCGCUCUGGAGGCAGCAGCCAGGUUUACUUCAUGACCCUGAACAGAAACUGCAUCAUGAACUGGUGAAUCAGCUGCUCUGGUCAGUGAGUGGAUCCCAGCAGGGGACUGGAGAAGGAAGUGCAUCUGAAAAAUAUCCCCACAAACGCAUGCACUCAAAUGUGAACACCUCUCUAUUUUCUCUCUCUCACUCAUGCACUCAAUCUCUAAAGACACACAAACACUCUCAUGGACAAACACACAAAAACAAAAUGAUCUGAAUCCAUUCCAGCCUACACUCCUUAAGAAACAGUUUCUACCAAGGCUCCCUGAUAACAUCCUCCCUCGAAUCAUCAUGAAAAUCUCACAUGAGCUUCAAAUGUUAAUACCAUCUCUUAAUUUGUAAUGUAUAUAUUCUCGUCUUGAUUUAAUUUAGUUAGUGGACCCGUGUUCAGUCGUGAUUUAGUUCCUAAUUGUGAAGUUUGUUAAAAACAUUCCUUGAUGGAUCUUCAGUUCAUUUUGAGGAAGGCAUUAUUUACCCUUGCUGUAAGUCCAAAUGAAGCUGUAAAUAGGUAGCACCUUACACAUAAAUCUCAAUCAUGUGCAGGCCUGUUAUACCACCUCCAUUCAGUGUGGAUUUUAAACAAUAACAUGCUGGAGCAUCCAUCUGCUGUAGCUUAUGGAUCUCCAUAGUUUUGGGCUAUCAUAUUUUAAAGGAAGGAUUUAGAAGAAAAUAUCGUAAAGGCAUGUUGAAGUCAGGACGAAGUAGCUCAUUUGAGCCGUAGAAGAACUGAAGUGAACCUGAAGUCCUGCUUUUGCUUUUUUUCUGGAUGGCAAAAAUGAUGUUUCAUCUCUAAAUCACAGCACAUAUGCCUUGAACGCUUCAGAAGAGAAAACAUUACAGUUUGGAUUAAAAAAAAUCUGAAGUUUCCAAUGUGCAGCACUGCAGAAUCAGUGCAGUGAAAUCUCCUGCUUUGCCUUUUUUCUAUGGUUUAGAUUAAAAAAACAUUCAUUAUUUGACUCAUCAGGCUUGUAUCUAAACUUUCUGUUUUCAUACAUUUACAAAAUACGAGAAUUUGAUAUUUAUAUGUAGUGAUUCUGUAUUGGUAUUAGCCUACUGGUAUUCUUAAUUUUACUGUUAUUAUAUUGCCAUUAUAUUGCAAUAUAUGCUAUUCUUGUGGAGUCUUUGAGGAGGGGAGUUCAUGUAUUCAACGUGGUAGAUUUAGGGAGUAUGAGGAUAUUACAGAUGUGAAAGGAGGGUGUCACUGAGAUAAGAGAUCAUUUUCAAGGUCCUUUGACUCUAUUCUACUGUAUUAUAUUUCAGUUCUUAGACUAUUUUGCUGGUGUGGAUCGUUUUGUGAGAACUGUUUGUCCAGGGGAUCUCAGUAGAACAGGUCUAGGUGUGGUAUAGUUCAUAUUCGUCUUAGACCAGAAAAAAGAUACUGUAUAUUAUAGGUGACUCUGUAACACAGCAGAGGACUCAAUCUCAUCCUGCACUUUGGAAAACAAGGCUGUAACAAAUCAGGCUUAAUAUAUUUUAUAUCUGUACAUUCUGCCAAAGUUCACAGCAGAUUCUGCAAGAUUAGAAAGAAUAAAGGCCAAAGGAAACAGAGCUUAACGACAAAUAAAGAUGUGAUGAGAAGCGCUUUCUAUUGAUCAUCAACCAGUGUUCCUUUCAGUUUCUUAAUCUAAGAAGUCAGCUGACUCCAUACUUAAUUUAUGGUAAAAAUCUUGAUUCAGUGUGUUUGCUCCUUAGGUGUUGUUUUUGCCUUUUUUACGGAUGUAAACCAACUGUUCUGUCUUUGCUGCUGCCUAAAAUAAUUUUGCUUCAAGUUGUCACAAAAUUUCAACAUUUGUUUUGAUACCACAUGUUUUACACCAUUGUCUGUUAUUUCGAUGUCAGUGGUACUAAAAAGAGCCAAUCCACUUCUUUUCAGUUCUUCAAAACAUUAGUAUCGACAUCCAAUAUGAAGUAUAUUUUAAAUCAAAGUUAAAUAUUUUUAUUGUUUUUGGUGGUUUUAUGCGCAUAUUUCAAAUCCAUAAAAUGUAAUAUUAUUCUAAUUAAUUCAUUCAAUCUUUUUGCGCACUUCACAUGGAAACAGCUAUCAUUUCACUGUAAAAAUAGCAGCAACAAUUGAAGACAAUCAAAAGCCGCACAGCACUACUGCAGCAAACUGAAUAGAAUGUAGGUGUAACUCUGUAUAAAAAGCAAGUGUGCAGAAAUAGAUAUCAACAAAAAAUUUGAAACACAAUUCAAGUAAGUUAAAAAAAAUGAUUCAACUAAAUCUUAUAUUUAGGGUUUAUUGCAGCAGGAAGAAUCAAUGUGAGUUUUUUAAAGCCAUAUAUUGACACAAAAAUCAAGCAGCUACUGAAAGCAUUAAAUUUCCUGCAUUCAUAAUAAAAGCACUUGGGAAAUCAAGAACCAGUCUUUUAUUUUGAAGGAUUUGUUGGGAGGAACUACAUUUAUCAACUUAGCAUUAGCAGCAUGUUUACAGUCAGCCUCACUGUUUAUAGUGAGUUCUGUGAUCUAGCCAAAUGCCACGGCCCGCUUCUUUGAAUCAUCCUGGUCUUGAAAAAGGCAAGUCAUGAGUUAAAACACUGUUAACAGGUGUUUCAGCUGUUGUAAUAUAAGUCACUGCAGCUCAUAUUAAAGCCACGGACAGGAUGACAGAGUGCACUUGCUUUGUGUUGCGUUAUCAUAAACAGGUGAUGUUUUUAGUGUCGAUGACUGGACCCAGACUGAGCUGCUAUCUUUCAAAAAGCACACUUCUACACAAGCCACAUUAAUGUUGGUGCUUUGCAUCUGCCUGUGGUGUGUUUACGGCCCAUUGGUCCUGUCGGAUUUUGGAUCGGUGACGUGGAUCGUUUCUGUUGGUCCAUUCUCCGAUAUAUAAGUCAUGCAAUUGGAAACUGAUAUUAGAUCAGAUCUGGCCCAUCCCUAAAAGAAGACUACAACCAAUAAAAAGAAGAGGAAGUCACAGUGGAAGAAGUAACCAAAAAUUUUCAUGUGAAAAUUUGUCCUUGUAGGACACUUUGCAGGAAUUUGCCUAUAUUUUUGCUGAUUGAAAACAAGCAAUUUGUUGUUAUGGAAAUAGCAAUGGCAACUGUUGAAGUUUUUGUGCUUUAGAAUUGAAUCAUUCGUAGUAUUAAAUAAAGAAGCUUAUAAAAACCCUGAUAUCUUUCAUAUUUCUAAUCCAAAGCUGUUGAAAGAAAAAGAGAGUGAACAGGAGUUUGUCUGCAAUAUUUGGGAGUUAAAAAAUUACUUAAAAUUUGCUGCCUAGGACUUCAAUUUUUUUUUGCUGUGGUAUCAAAACAGGUACCAAAGUUUAAUGCUCUGGUACCAUGACAGUCAUUGUUUACCCUCAUACUCCAGACAUUACGGUGAACGUAGUUGGCACUGUAAUCAGGAAGUAGCUUGGCAAUCAAGUCAGCACAUGAAUCAGGCUUUUUUUCUGUGAUUCACGACAACGUGCUGAGGCAGCACUUCGAUAUUAACAGGUGGACAUUUUUGAGGAUUUAUGACACAUCUUAUGAGUUUGUAGUUGUUGGCAAAACAUCCUCAUAUUUAAACAUGUGAAAGAGAAUUCGGCAAGGGUUUCUGAAAGGAAUCUUGGUUGGUGCUCAACAGGAUGAUAUGCUUACAGGUGUGCUUUAUGCUACAGAGUAAUAUUUUCUAUGGUCAAAGAAAGCUAUAAAGAUGUAGUAUAUGUUUGAGGGCGGAUGGCAUCUAAACAAAGAUUAUAUAAAUAGAUGGUGGUUUUAAUGGUAAGAUUAAGCAAACUAUAAACAUACAUGAACAAAUAUAUCUCAAGCAGACACUUUGGUAUGCAUGUGAGCCAUUGAAAUAGAGUAAAUAGUACUGUAUCAAAGUUGUUUUUCCCUUCAGCGAAUGUCUUUUUAUUCUUAAAUAUAUGUUACGUGCCAUGACUUCCAUGUCAAAUGUCACAUGUACAAUCCACAAAGAGCUCUGGCACUCAUACUUUUUAUGGUUAAAUGGUAAUUUUUUAUCAAUCUGUUUACAGUUUAAGCAGUGCCUUGGAGUUGGAAAGGUUUAACGAUGGGUUAUGAGCCCCCUGCCCCACUUGUCUCUUACUUGAAAUCUCUGUAAGAAGAGGCACAACUAGAUUAUUCCCUCCUAAACAUUCAAGUCCUGUGCCAGUGAAGUGCACUUAAGUCAAAUCCACAAUAUCCUGUAGAUGGACUUGAACUGCUUUUUUGGCACAGUGAAUAUCUAUUAAAGCGAAGUAAUCAGAGGAGAAAAGAUAACCCAUUCUGUAAAAUGCAAUAACAUAAAGUUAGUAUGAUUAAUCCAGUGUCACCUAAAGGAUCUACUCACAGCAGGAGCCGGCAUAGAGAAAAGCCAUACCUAUGAAUCGUGUCUGUAGGAAAACUUAGUACUUGUGAUGUCCGCUCUGGAAAUGUAGAUUCUUGCCGCAACAAGGAAAGCGCUUGUUCUUCAAAGAUGUUGAUUGUGUAAUCUCGUAGUAGGGAAAUUAGCUUGAUAUAUUCUCAGAAGCCUAUUUUAUAAAAUAUGUAAAUUAGUCUAUAUUGAGAAAUAAAAGUGAAUGUACAUCUAUAAGACAGAUUUGUAUUUAUAUAAAAACGUGUACCGCUCUAUUAAUCAAAGCACAAUGUAUUUUAGAGCAGAGAGGUUGGAGCUAUAAGUGAGCGAAACAAAGAUGGAGUUUGUUUUUUCCUUCAUUCAUUCAGCAGUCGUCGAUCUUGUCAGUGAGUGAUCAGUGAGUAGUACUGCAGCAUUUCUGUUCAGCUAUUCAGACAGACAAUAUCUGAAGAGAAAGCUAUGGCUGUGGUUGGUCUGGUCAGUAUGGGGUUGACAGGCUGUUAAAACGCUCAGGUGUGGACAGAGAUCAUCACAAAAGUGGUGGAGAGGUGAAGUGAAGGGCAACAGGGCCCUUGUUGUGAGGUCUUUGGCUCUUGGCAUUAAGUUUGGAUUAAAAAAGCAGCAUUUAGAAGAUUCAAAGAGCGUGUUCUCUUGGAUGAAAACAUGCUAAUUAGCAUUUCCUGACCACUUUGAGUGAAUGCAUUUAAGAGUCCUUAACUCAGACCCAACAGAUUUAUAAUAGAUUUUAAGCUGUAUUAGGCCUCAUAAUUGACUUAAAAAUGUAUCAGAAUUAAUGCCUACCAUAGUUUAGAUUCAAGCAUUUAGUUUUUUAUUGAAUCCUGAUGCCUGUAUUACCCACAAUACACCUCACCAGGUGUUGAAGUCCUUAAGGGUGCACCUCACAAAUUGAUCACAUCUUAUUUAAAUCAUAGUACAGAACAUAAUUGACUUUAAAAAAAUAACAUAUCAAGUUUAUCUUCUACCCUUUAUAAGAUAUAGGUCUUUAGUUUUUUAGUGAAACCUGAUGCCUACAUUACCCACAGUACACCUCACCAGUUAUAAAAGUCCUUAAAGGUGAAUCCCACAAAUUUAUCAUAGCAUUUCAAAAACGUAGAAAGAUAAUUUUUCUUUUCUUUAUUUAAAAUAACAUACAUUUAAUGCCUACCUGAUAUUAGAUUCAAGGCUUUAUUUUUUCUUUUUUUUUUUUCUUUUUUAGUAAAACCUACCCACAAUGCACUCACCAAGUAUCAAGGUCCUUAAAGGUGACAAUAAACAUUAAUCAUUGUUUCUUGUAUUCCACUGAAAGUUUCAUAAUUUACUAUUUUUAAACAAAGCAUCAAAAUUAGUUUAAACAUAUUUUUUGUUCAUGAUUUUUGUUUUAAAUGAUGACACAUGUUCAACCUUAACUGCUGAUUGUUCGUCAGAGACAUCUACAUGUAGAUCCUGCCUGGGCUGCUGGUGCUCAGGAGUGAUCGAUGAGGCAGACACCAAUUUAGGAAACGGUUGUCAUGGCUCAAAAUGAUGGCUAGUGUAAAUCUGAUGAGAUGCUUUUCUGUAAUAACAGGAUGAUAUUCUCAAAAACAACUGUGAAAUACAAAAAUGUGGUUCUUUCCCAAUUAAGGACCCAAUCUUCUCACAACACUUGUCACCACAUGCCCAGCCUAAAUGCUGUUCAGCUCAGAGGUUGGGCAGCUGGUGCCCCCUUCUCACUCUGGGCAGCCAACAAGUCAAUCUCAAAUAUCAUUUAUUUAUAAAAAUAAAGAAAAAGGACAACAUUUUCUAUGAAAAAUAAAAACAUUACCAUUAUGACCUUUGAUCACUGAUUACAUUUAAUUAUAUUUGGUUCUUUAAUAGAAACAAGAGAUCUCAUUUGAUGUAUUUAUUCCUGUAAAGUACAUGCAUAUCUAUUACUGCAUGUAUUUAAAAAAGAGAAUAUUUACUUAAUUAACCAUUAAAUACUAAGUUCAUGGCUUUAAAUGUGCAGUGUGUAAAAUAUUCUUCUACACUGUUUGGUUCCCAAGUUUAAAAACUUAUCUUCAGAGACAUUAAUUUUACUCAGAAAGAGUUUUCUGGGCCGCAAAGUACAUUUACAGAGAUAAAUAUUAAAAAAGAAAGUUUAAGUGACUUUGCAGAUGCCUGAUUAAAACAAAAUAAAUGGCAAUAGCUCAUUAAUUGUACUUUGAGACACCAUGAACACUUUGAGUAAUUUUAAUGUAACUGAAUGCGAAGUAUUUGCAUUGAAAUUCUUUGUUUAUGAAAGAAAAAAUAUGACAAAUAAAAGGUUAAUAUUUUAGACUUGUGUCUUAGGUGUUAAAAGGUUUUCGUGGCCCCAGAAGAUCACAGAUCACAGUAGACUUAUAGGAAACCUGUGUUUUUCAUUUAAUCACAUUCCUUAGAUGAUAAGUACAUGUUUGAUUUUCAGUGAGCUAUGAGCAUUUAAAUCGUGGAUAAACCACCUACCUUCAUAGACUUGCAUUCAUUUUUAGCCAAGACUACCCCUCUUCGAAAUGAUGCCCACAUAGACGCAUCUCAGACACCCCAAUACGGCAUCUACAUGUCGUUAUCUCUGACAGUUGAUUUGGCUAUUUUCUCGGCAAACAAUGCUGAGAACUGGGCUUUAGAGGACCACUAACAUCACCGUUACUCCAUUCUGAAAUGACCCAAGUGACAUCACUUGAGGAUAGUGUAGCACUCCCUUGAACAAGACCAUAAAGGGCUUUAUCUAUCUGCACACAUGCAGAAGUAUCCCCUGAGCCCUGUGAACAGACUUUAAUGUGAAUAACUGAUGACUUUCUCCUUUAACAAACAUAUUUGAAUCACAGACAUUAGGAUUUACUUGAGAUACUUCACUGUAUUUCUACCUCAGCUGUUUUACACAAGCAAGACUAAAACAUCACAUGCAUUUAACCAUCUCUGCUGCCUUGUUUGACUGGUUUUUUUCUUGAUUGACUAAAAACAGACAGGUGUGAUUUAAGAAGCCCUUCAUUUGAUUUUUAAAACCCAUAACUAAAACUAAGGCUCCAAUUGUUUGUAGCUGAACACUGAAAACAAACUAAAGCCUUUUGAUUCCAGCUAUGAGAGUUAGGUAACUCAUUACACUGAGGCAGUCUCCUACAAAUACUAAGCCUGUCUUUUAAUUUCCUUCAGCAAACAUAAUCUUAACGUGUUGUUUAAACACUGAAGAGUAAUUUCCUGAUUAUUGAGUUUCCCUUAAGAUCUCAAUGUGGUUUCAUUUUGUGCCAAGAGCCAUUAAUGAUCUGAGCCUCACAACUCGCAACUUUUAGGAAUAUUUCAUGCCAGUGUUACCAUGAUUUAAGAAGAUUUGACAUUUCUUUUUAAAAAGCAAUAUAGGCAUUUAAAGAAAAACCCAAACCACAUCCUUCAGUGGCUUCAGGCAGAGUGAAUGUAGGCUGGUUUGUGUGUCGCUUGUUAAAGAAGUCCUGCAAUUAUGUUUGUUAAGUAACUGCUUCUCUCCUACAGUUUAAACACUGUGGAUGCUUGUUCUCGUUUUGCCAUGAAAGCAUCCCACAACCUACUUUAUGAACUCUGAGUGUGACUAUAGAAAUGAUUGAUGAUAAUCUCAUGAGGCGCUCCUCUCUUAACUUUUCUUUCUAAUCAAUAACGUAUGAGUGGAUUAGUAGUCGUAGCUGAGAGUGAGGCAGAUCAAACUUAACCAGGAGCUCUAAAACGGCAUGGAUCUUUGGACAGGACUACAAUAUAUAAUAUUUUUUUUUCCAAAAGCUUUUUUUUUUUUUUUUUUUUUAA